AUGCCCAGAUCUGUGACCUCCUCCCACUCUCGCCUGUUCGGGAGCCCCAGUGACCACAGGAGACCGAAGGAGCUGCCCCUACUAGAGCCGAAGCAGGAGCUCGAGGAGAUGGUGGGCUUGGUAGCUGAGAUCAUGAUGCCAGUCUUCUGGAAGAAGUGUCCCUCACCAGUAACUAGCCAGCAUGCACAGGAGCUACACGGGGAGCAGAGCAGGACCUUGGGCCCCAUUUGCUCCUUGGCCCAAGUGAAUGCCUCGGUUGUCAGCCACUGGUCUGGAAAAUUUCCACUCAGCAACAUCUCUCUCUGCUGUUGGGAGAGCUAG